AUGCCUAAAUGUCUAAUGGCCAAAAAAUUCAAGGCCUACCCUUGGCCAGACAGAGCCGCAUCCGUCGACGACGAGGAAUACAUCGACGUCGUGAGCGUAGACCCGAAAUCCGACGCCAAUCGAGGGUCGAAAAAAUCCCCCCGAAACCAAGUGCGUACAAGAUCGACUUUCGAUGUCGAAAAAACAACUUUUAGCAAAGUCUGUGCGGAAAAUUCGAUAGACAAAUCGACGCAGGUGACUUUGGAGGAUACGAAAUCGAAUUUGAAUAGUAAUAAUAGUAAAGUUAAUAGCAGUUGUGGGGAUUUGAGUCUGAAUGGGCAAUGGGCCCCAUCGAGCCCGACGGCGGGCGCCACUGCUCCGACGGUGUUAUAUCAAGGCUACACCCACGAUCCAUCAUCCACAGUAUACGCAGCCUACACUCCAGGAACGCAUAUAAUCGAAAAUUCUACAUCAAAUUUCGAUCAACCCGUCUACACCACUUUGGAAACACCAAAUGCAACAUCAAAGCGUCGAUUGAGUAACCCCAUCGAAAGCAACACCACAAAAAGAAAGAAAUUCGGUACCAAAGACGACGAGGAAGCACCAGAAAAACGUUUUAGAACAGAAGAUGAACAUAGGACAGUUAUCACUUUUCAAAUACCACAAGAUGAUAAAGUAAGUGAUGGUAAAAUCAAGGAGGAUGGCUACCAAAAACUUUGGCAAAGACCUAGUCAACCUAAAUCUUUGGCCAUGUGCUUUACGAGCACAGGAGCUGCUUUAUCUUUACCACCUAAGAAGAAAGACAUCUACAGACCGUACUCCUUAGAAGACAAACCUUGUAGUAAAAUCAGAGUGCCAGCUGAAGAAGACCUGCACGCUGCCCACGCCAUCCUAGACCUAAGUGCUUCACCAGUCUUCAACUUAAAUCCACCAAACUUCACGCACCAAGUGAUAAACAUACCACCUCCAACGGAAUACCACGAUGAAGACGCGAAACAUGUUGAUUUGAACGAGUUCAAGACUGGUAAAACAGUUGCGUAUACGUACGAAGCUUUCUUUGUCAGCGAUGGACGUUCUAAACGUGCCAGGGAGAAAGCUGAUCAAAAACCUGACAACAGUAUAACACAUCAAUUUUUUCUCAGGGGUAAGUAUUCCUGUUCCGAUUGUGGCAAGCAGUACGCGACAUCCAGCAACUUGUCCAGGCACAAACAAACGCACAGAUCCUUGGAUUCGCAGUUGGCCAGGAAAUGCGAAUCAUGCGGUAAGGCCUACGUUUCCAUGGCAGCCUUGGCUAUGCAUCAGCUUACUCAUCGUCUGGCACACAGAUGUCGACUGUGCGGAAAAUUGUUCUCCAGACCUUGGUUACUGCAAGGACACUUGAGGUCUCAUACUGGUGAAAAACCUUACGGUUGUGCCCACUGCGGCAAGGCAUUUGCAGACAGAUCCAAUCUCCGAGCACACAUGCAGACGCACAAUGCUGAUAAAAAACACGAGUGCACCAGAUGUGGUAAGUUGUUCGCCUUGAAAUCUUACCUGAACAAACAUCUAGAAGCCAGUUGCACAUCAUCGCCAGAUAAAACAGUACAAGACUCUGCCAAAGUCCAGAACAUCGGACAAGAUUCUAAUCAGUCUGAUCACAUUGAUCAACAAUUUGAUUAUCAAGGUAUGAAAUAUGAUGCGAGUAGACAAUUUGGACAUCAUAAUAAAGAAGAAGAUGUUGUCAGGCCGGGAUUUUAUCAGGAAAGUGGUAAUUGUUAUGUGGAUGGUGGUAAAAGUGAGUUUAGGGAGGUGACGACCAAGGUGCAGAUGGUAAACUAA